AGGAGCACCGGAGGACACAGAGGCAUAUGAUUCAGAUUACCUGUUUUAUGCACUAAUGUGAGGAUAUAGUGACCGUUUUAUAAAAAAACUUUUUUUAAUCAUUUGCUCCAUUUCUACCCAUUGCUCCUUUAAAUUAACCUGUUUUACCCCCUUCACAUCACUGUAUUGCUAAUAUUGCUUUUAGCAACAGUAUUUUUUUUUUAAACGAUUGUAAUCUCCCAAAUCUUUGAAAAAUCUUUGUUGCAUAGUUCCUAUAAAUGUUUGACCUGUUGAAUUAAUAAUCUUUCUUUUUUUUUUUUUUUACCAUUUUCAUACAAUACAUUACCUCAAUUAUAUGGGUGGACUGUGAACUCUCUGAUCAUGAAUCUAUGAACUCUUUUACAAAUGGAAAUUAUUGAUUGAAAUAAAAUUAAAUGAAUAAACCCUCUAGUGGAGUUGGGUCAUUUUUGUUUUCAGUCUUUAAUCUGCAGCAUUUCUCUUAACCGUGUAUUGUCAUGCAUGUGAUUGGUUCAACGUGAUAUAAAGUGACACAAUCUGUAGAUCAUGUGCUAUAUGCUAUGUCAAAUGAUGUUGUUGUAACGUUAAUGUAUAAUUAUAUCUAACAAAACAAUAACCAUCAGCUGUCUCACAACUUACAUGUAGCUGUGAGCCAAGAUCAACAAGAAGGCAAACAUGGAGACUCAGGUUCUGAUGAGGACAUAUUAUUCAGUGGGGGGCAAAUGUAAACCCAACACAACAAUUCCCAUACUUAGUUUAAAUACAAAAAAAGGCUUCUGCGCAGUCAUUGUUGCCUAUUUAUAAGCCACAAGUGUUACUGAAAUAACUGGUUACAGCCCUGACGAUGGUGUUAAACACAUGUUCUGUAAAAAUGGGAACAAUUGUAAACGGAACAAAAAUACACAUACAUUCCACCGUCGGACACUUAACAGUGUAACAUCCAGCGGAAGUAAACAGAUGACAGGCGCCAGUCGCGCUACUUGAGUGGAUUGAUUGAGUUUAUUUAUGGAAGUUAGUCAAUCAGUAAAACUUCGAGUCAUCUUAAUUGUUGUAGAGCAGAUUAAUAUUUCAUUUGUGAUUAAACAACAAUGUCUUCAGUUGAGUAUUUGAGAGAGUUUGUCAACGAGCGACUAACUGCUGCUGCUGAAGAAAUAUUCAGAGUUUUUAAUAAAACUAUCUUCGAGUACGAGGAAGAGAUCGAUCGUCAGCGCAAACUGUUGGAUGUUGUUUGGAAACCUGAUAUAAAGUUGAACAGGAUAGAGCUCCCACAGCAACAUGUCUGUAAGGAGGAGGAGAUUCUCGCUGAACAGCAGCUCUGUAUUCAGGAGAGGAAUUCCAGUCUGGACCAAGAGGACCCAGAGCCUCCACAGAUUAAAGAGGAACAGGAGGAACUCUGCACCAGUCAGGAGGGAGAGCAGCUUGUACUGAAGCAGGCCUUCAUGUUGACUCCUACUUAUGAGGAAAAUAACAACAGUGACCACCAGCUCCUCUCUCAAAACUAUCAUGUCGCUAAUAGCCAAGAUCGGAAAGGAGGCAAGCAUGGAGUGUCAGGAUCAACUAGAAAUGAGAAGCCAAAACCAAAGGCACAAAGCAUAAGUCACAAUGAGUCAACGUUGCAGAGACACCUGAGCGUCCACACAGAUGAGAAGCUGUGUCUUUGCAAGACCUGCGGAAAAAGAUUCUGUGCCCAGGCAGCAUUGAAAAGGCAUAUGACAAUCCACACAGGUGAGAAGCCACAUACUUGCGAAACAUGUGGGAAAGAUUUCCGACUUGGCAGUGUCUUGAAAGUCCACAUGAGAACCCACACAGGUGAGAAGCCGUGGCUUUGCAAGACCUGCGGGAAAAGAUUCAGUGACAUUUCAGUAUUGAAAAGGCAUGUGACAAUUCAUACAGGUGAGAAGCCACAUACUUGCGAAAUAUGUGGGAAAGAUUUCCGACUUAGCAGUGCCUUGAAACUCCACAUGAGAACCCACACAGGUGAGAAGCCGUACCUUUGCAAGACCUGUGAGAAAAGAUUCAGUGACAAUAAAGCAUUGGAAAGGCAUAAGAGAAUCCACACAGGUGAGACAACACAUACUUGCGAAUUAUGUGGGAAAGCUUUCAGACGUGGCAAUGCUUUGAAAGUCCACAUGAGAAUCCACACAGGUGAAAAGCCGUAUCUUUGCAAGACCUGCGGGGAAAGAUUUGGCUACAUGUCAGCACUGAAGAAUCAUAUAAUAAUCCACACAGGUUAAAAACCAUAUUCGUGCUUGUGAGAAAAGAUUCUGUCGGAUGCCAGAUUUGAAAAAGCACAUGAGAAUCCACACUGAUGAGAAACCGUAUACCUGCAAAAAACGUGGGAGCGCUUUCAGACUUAGUGGUGACUUAAGCCCAGACUGGUGACAAGCCAUACCUUUGUAAGAUCUAUGGGAAAAGAUUCUUUGGAGUGUUUGAAUUGGAAAUGCAUGCAAGAGUGCAUACAGACAAGUAGUUUUCUGUACAGCCAAAAAAAAGUUGAAAAAGUAUAUAUAUAAUAUUUAUUUAUUUUAUUUUAUUUUAUUUAUUUUUUGUUAAGUAUACACUACUUAACUUAUAUGAGUGGAUUGUGAACUCUGAUGUUGAAGCUGUGAAACCCUCUACUGGUGUUGGGGUCACUUAUGUUGUAAUCCUGCCAGCUAGUCUAUUAUCUGCAGUAUUUCUGUUAAUUUAAUAUUUUUGGGUAUUUUGUGAUUGGUUCAAUGUGAUAUACUAUACUAUUACUUGAUAUACUGUAAUGUUUUGGGCUUUGAAGGAGACCCACACACACAUUGUAGAUGAUGUGCUACAUGACGCAAUCAAUGAAUUUGAUCAACAAUUAAAAUAUGAUAUAGUGCCGAAAGGAACGUCUGCAACGAAAUGCAGUUUUGCAUGUAUGUAUUCUAACAAUAAAGAUUUGUAUGGUGA